AUGGAUAAAUAUAUAAAUUAACUAGAAAUAGAACAGAUAGGGCAACUUGAUAAAAAGUUAUCAUAAAAUAGUUAAGGAAACCAACAAAAUGAGGGUGAGAAUUCCUAGCCUUUUUCUAGCUAAAUUGCACCCAGCGAAGGAGAAAACAGAGGAGGGAUACCUAAUUUGCAGCCUGAAAAGUAAAAUAGCAAUGUCUAUGAAAACAAUAGCAGUAAAAUUUAAAGUGAUUUUGACGAAAAUGAUGAUCUAGAUGAUAGCGAUUCAUUGUCAACGUUGUCUUCUAAAGUAGAAAAUAAUUAAAAAGAUUCUUUAAGUGAGUCAAGUUUAAAGAAUGGGAGAAGAAAUAGCUUGGAAAAUUAAGAAUAAAGUGGGUAAGUUGGAAGGAGAAAUAGAUCUUUUGACAAGAAUAAUAAUAUAUUUUUAGAAUGGAAUAAUAUUUACUAUAAAGCAAAUUUACAAAACGCAGAAGAAAUAGAUUUAAAAUAAUAGUAUAAUAUUUAUGAAGAUCUAAAAUAAGGUUAAAGGUAUAACUCUGAUGUAGUAAUUAAAUUAGUUAAUUAACAAUACUAAGAUUAAUUUACAUGCAUGACAAAAGAUGGAUGCAGUUAUAUGAAUGCAGAUUGCACUAAAAUUAUCAAAGUAUUCGAGGAAAACAGUGGACAUAAUAAACAAACAGUCAGAAUAAAUUUAGUUAAGAUUUUGCAGUCUUUAGAAGGUGGGUAUGAAGAUUUAAUAUAAUAUUUUAGUAUAGCUUCUUUGACCAGAUAUUUAUCAAGUGCAGGAGAAAAAGAAGCUUCUUUUUAUAUUUUAGAGUUUGAAAUAGGCUUAAAUACUUUAUUUAAUGUACUUAAACUUCUUAAAGACAAACAAAUAAAUCUUUAAUUAAUGUAGAGUUUAUUUUAAGGUUUUGUUGACAAUUUAUUGUAAAUGCAUGCUCGUUUUGAAAUUAUGAAUUAAUUUGGACUGCAUUCUAUAUAUCUACAUUCGAAAAAUAUCUAUUUCAUUGACUUUUUUGACGAGUCGAAAACCUUUGAGAAUCCUAAAUCUGAUUUGAAUUAUGUAUAAGAGGGUGAUAAUUUGGUUUCCAAUAAAGAUUAAGUUGAUUAUUUCAAAAAAGAUAUUUAUAACAUAGCUAAAUGCUUGAUAUCAAUUGAAAUGAUAAAGGAAGGCUAUUCAUUCUUCCAUGUGUUGGAGUUAUUUUAAAAAGAUAAAGUUGAUGACCACGUGAAUGACUAUAACAAACAAGAAGGAAAUAAAAAUUAACCCUAAUUCAACUUUUUAUUGUAUGCCACAAAGCACAACUGCAAUUAAUAUUUUUUGAAAACCAAAAAAUUUAUUGCAAUUGAAGAAAAUCAAAUUAUUAUGUACGAAGUUAAAAAUAUUAUUGAGGAAAUGCUUUAAGAGGAUCCAAGCAAAAGAUUAUCUUCUGUAAAAUUGGCUAUGAUUUGCUAGAAGUCUAAUUUGUUGAUGAGAGAUAUAAUGUACCCUUACAUAAAUGAGUUUCCGCCUACAUUUUAGCUAGAUUAAGAUAACAACACAAAGAUUCUAAAUUACCCUUUUAAGCCUAUUCAAUAAACUUAAGACAUAGAAAAUCAUGCUACAAUCACCAAAAAUGGUGAAAAAAUUUUUGAAGGAACUGUAGAUAUUCUAAGAAAACCAGUUGAUAUAUGCGAAGCAUAAAUAUUUUAAUUUUACGUUUUUAAAGGAUUCUUUAUAUAAGGUUUUCCUUAUAUGAAAGCCCAAUUAAAGUGCUAAAAUAAUACAAUCAUAGAAGGAGAUUGUUUCAAUUUUAUUUUUAAAUAGUGGUUGAUAAAAUCUAAAAUACUUCAAGAAGUUAAAAUAAUGAAUCUUUUUUAGAUAAGCUCUUGGAUUAAUAGAAAUAAAUCAUAAAUAGAGCUUCCAAAUAUUAUUAUAGCUGGAGAUAAUAAAAAAAUAGUAAAAUUAAAUAGCAAUUUCGUAAUGGAUAUUAAAAUAUUUGAACAAGUCAACUAAAUUAUAAGCAAUAUUGAACUGAUAAAUAUGAAUAACAUAGAUGUUAAAUUGAUAUAAAACUCUUAGGAUAUUAUAGAAAAACUAAAAAAUGUUAAAUACCUUACACUUGCAUUAGAUACAGAAGAAAAAAUAGUUUUUCUUAUUAAAUAUUUAAACAGUUAAUUUUGCUAAAAUUUGGAAGUUUUAGAUAUCUCAAACUCCACAAAGCUAGAUUAUAAAGACUACGAGUUGAAUAAAACCAUCAAUAACGCCAAUGGUUAUUUUACAAAAUUAAAUACCAUCAUUCUUACCAAUUGCAAAUCUAGUGCUCCAAAUUCUUUCCUAGGUAUUCUAAUUAAUUGUGAAAGUUUUAGAAAAAUUCAGACUUUGGUCUUAGAUGAUACCUAUGUAGAUUAAGGAAUAUUUUCUAAAUUUUUUGAAUCCCCUUAUCUAAGCACGCUUAAAAAUUUAUCUCUGAAUGAAGUCGCUGGAAUAAAUGACUAAUCAGUAGUGCAGCUAUCUGAAAGAAUAUCAAAAUUCAAAAAUAUAGUAAAAUUAAAUUUAAGUGGAAUGCUUAAGAAAAAUUUUAACAAGAACUUGUUUACAGAUUCUAACAUAUCAGCAUUUAAAAAGCUUGCUUCAUGCAUGAGCUACCUUAUUUUUUUAGAAAAGUUAGUUUUAGAUGACUCUUACCUCAAUGACUCUGUAUUAGAAAGUAUGGCAAAAUCAAAUAUGCCUUCUCUUGAAAAAAUUUAUUUAAGGAGAUAAUAGAAAGUUACCUACAAAGGUAUAAAUUAUCUCUUACAGACUCAAAAUUUCAGAAAUUUAAAACUUAUUAAUUGUAACUCUAGUUCUUCUGUUACUCUACCUAAAAAUAUUAUCUCUCAUAUAGAAGUUUCAGUGAUGGGCUGUAAAUCAGUAAAUAGUACAAACGUUAGUGAAUUUUUAAAGUCAAAUCCAAGUGCUCAAAGUAUUAGAUUCGAUGCUAAGAACAUAGCUUCAGAUGUUAUAACAGCAAUCAACUUAUCUAAAUAUCUGAAAAGAAUAACUUUAUAUUGCUCAGAUUCAACUGAAAUAUCUAAAAUUAUUUUACUUUUGAAAAACAUUGAUAACAUUAAAAAAAUAUAAUUUGUGAUUAAUUUCCAUUUAUCAAAAUCAUUUAUAAUCGAAAGUGACAAUGAAUUUUUAGGUUAAAAUUAAUAUAAAAGAACAAAGCCUAAUAAUGGAACAGUGUAGCAAACUAUUGAUGAUUUUAGAUCUGAAAUUUAUAAGUGUAUGGAAAGUAAGUUCAUAAAAGAAUAGAUUUUGGAGAAUCUCAUAAUACAUAAUUAAUUAUUUGCUUCUUUCUAUAACGAUCAAAAUUUUAUUGAACAAGUUGAUAUUUCUUCUUUUAUUUCUUUAUCAAUUUCUACUGAUGAUUAUAAAGAGAAUUUAAUUUAGGCUGAAAAAAAUAGUAAUUAAGAACCUGAAAAUAAAAAGAAAUAAUAAGUGGAACCUUCCAUUCUUCCUUCUUCUUAAUCGUCUUAGUAGAAGUUAAUUGAUACCAUAUAAGCUGUUUCUGGCUAAGAUUAAUCAGAAAACCAUUUAAAUAAUGAACUAAAGAAAAAAUUUUAUAACUAACAAAACACUUUAUGUAAGAUGUAGUAUUUAGAAGAUCUUAAAAAUUUUCUCUAAAAUUCCAAUCUAAUAAAGAACUAACAAUCUAUAAAUUUGACCCCAUUUUAAAUAGGGCCUGAUGAAAUAAAUUUCAUAACAUUUUCAGCCAAUUUAAGCAGUGUUUAAAGCUUAAUAUUACAAAAUUCUAUGCUGAGAAGUUAAGAUUUAAAGCUGCUUAGUCAUAGUGCUUUAUCCUUGAAUAAUUUAACUCACAUUGAUUUAUCUAAUAAUAAACUUCCUAUAAUAAAUGGUUUAAUUAGCUUGCUUUAAACAGAAGCUCUUCCUAAGUUGUCUAGCAUAAAGUUAGGAUAGUUUAAAAUAAAAAUACUUCUCAAGAAUGUAACUCAGUAUUUUAGAAGGGUUUCUGUACCUUUAACUUAUAUUUAAAACUUCCCAAAAUUCAAUGUCGAUAAUAAAAUUAAAGUAAUGAUUUAGAAUAAUGUGAGCAACAAAAAAUAUCUUGAAACACUUGAUUUUUAUGUUAAAAAAGGUGACUUUGUUAAUGCAAGCAAUAAUUAAUUUGGCUACCUCAAAAUACUAAUGUGUCCUUACAUCUCUUUCUAUAUAAAAAAUUGCUAAAAGUAUCCUGAAUAAACUCAUAAUUUGCACAGAUUAAUGAGAUUUUGGAGAAUCAAGGAAAUGUCAAAUUAAAUUUAAGGACAAUCUGUAGUAGAACAGAAAGUUGAUCAACUUAAGUUGAAACAGAAUUCGCAUCUUACUUUAACAGUUAUCGGUCAUGAGCUUGCAGGAAAAAAAUCUAUUGUAGAGAGCUUUUUAUAGAAUAACCUAAAUGAUGGUUAGGAAUUAGUUGACAUAAAAAAAAAUCAUAACAAAAAUUAAUCAAGCAGCCUAAACUCGUUCAACAUGGGAAUGAAAUAUUUUCUAACUGAGUUUUAAAGUGAGUAAACUAAAAUCAACUUAACUAUGAAAGUAAUGCACAGUAAUCCUUUAUUCAACUAGCUCAGGUUAAAUCACUUACGUGACUGUGAUGGUAUAUGUAUAAUAUAUGACACAUCAAGGAAAGACAUUGGUUCGGAAAUGAUGUAGUACCUAUAUGAAGUACAUCUAUUUAAAUACUAAAAACCUGUCUAUGUUGUAGCAAACAAUUUCAAAAAUAAGAAAAGUGCAAAUAUCUUUGAUCUUUAGAAUUUGAUUCCUGACAUAAAAUAUACAGAUGUUUCUUUAUCAAAUUUGCAAUCAAUUAAAAACUUCUUUAACUAAAUUUCGAAAGAUGCUUUGAUUACUAAAAUGAAAAAACCUGUUUUUUCAAGCAAUUUAUUGCGUGAAUUAUCAGAGGAGCUAACUCAUCUCCACUUGGACGAGUUCGAAUUAAAAUUUGAUUUCUUAAAGGUGAGAAACAAAGUUGAUAUAGACAGUCUCAAAUAAUUUUGCUAAGAGUAAAAAGAAAAUGAAACAAUAAACAAAAUGGAAUUUCUAAUUUAUAAUUGGGGUAAUUAUGGAAAAUCAACAGAAGAACUCCUAAAUAAACUAGGCGACUAAAAGAUAAAUGUUCAAAUCAAGAACUCAAUUCAAGCAUACAUAAAUGUUUGA